GAAAGUGACGUAAUUGUUUGUGCUGCUGGCAAAAUACUAGUAUUUGUGGUUUUGAUUCUUACUUAUCACACCAUUUGUGCCCUGUCGUCGACGUUUUGCUGAUGCUAGGUAGUGAACAGUCAGACAUCUACGGUAUCUUUGAGAGAAGAGAAUGGCGAGUGCAGAUGGGAGUAAACUGUGGGGAGGUCGGUUCGUGGGUGACACCGACCCGAUCAUGGAAAAAUUCAACGCGUCCAUCGCCUAUGACAAGCGGAUGUGGGACGCAGACAUCCGUGGCAGCAAGGCAUAUGCUAAAGCCCUGGAGAAGGCCAAGCUGGUCACUGCAGAGGAGAAGGACAAUAUCCUACAUGGAAUGGACCAGAUCCAUGAUGAAUGGGCCAAAGGUGUUUUUGAGGUCAAGCCUGGAGAUGAGGACAUCCACACAGCCAAUGAGCGCAGACUAAAGGAGCUGAUAGGUGCGCCAGCUGGGAAGUUACACACUGGUAGGAGCAGAAAUGACCAGGUGGUAACAGACAUGAGGUUGUGGCUUAGGGAUGCUAUCUCCAUUCUUAAGGGAAACGCUCUCCAACUCAUCACAACCAUGGUGGAGAGAGCAGCAGUAGAGAUUGAUGUCCUGUUUCCUGGGUACACCCACAUGCAGAGAGCUCAGCCAAUCAGAUGGAGCCACUGGAUUCUGAGUCAUGCGGUGGCCCUGAGCAGAGACGUGGAACAGCUUCAGGAGAUCAAUAGACGAGUCAACGUGCUCCCCCUGGGAAGUGGAGCAAUAGCUGGAACUCCAUUCAACAUCGACAGGGAAAUGCUGCGUCAAGAGCUGGCCUUUGAUGACAUCAGCAUCAACAGCAUGGACGCCACAGGCCAGAGGGACUUUAUUGCUGAGUUCUUGUUCUGGGCAUCUCUGUGUCUGACGCACCUCAGUAAGAUGGCAGAGGACCUGAUGCUCUACAGCACUAAGGAGUUCUCCUUCCUCACACUCUCUGACGCUUACAGCACAGGCAGCAGUCUGAUGCCUCAGAAGAAGAAUGCUGACAGUCUGGAGUUGAUCAGGAGUAAAGCUGGCCGUGUCUUUGGCAGAUGUGCAGGCUUUCUGAUGACCCUGAAGGGCCUGCCAAGCACCUACAACAAAGAUCUGCAGGAGGAUAAGGAGGCCAUGUUUGACUGCUUUGACACGGUUCACGCUGUGCUGCAGGUCACCACAGGUGUCGUGUCCACUCUCAAGAUCAAUCCCAGUGUGAUGGAAGCUGCCCUCAGUCCUGACAUGCUGGCUACUGACCUGGCCUACUACCUCGUCAGAAAGGGGGUGCCGUUCAGAGAUGCUCAUGGUAUCUCAGGUAAAGCUGUGUUUCUGGCUGAGUCCAAGAGCAUUCCCCUGAACCAACUCACUGUGGAGGAUCUGCGGACUGCCAGCCCUCUGUUUUCUAGUGACGUGUCUGCAGUGUGGGACUACAGUAGCAGUGUGGAGCAGUACAGUGCCCCCGGUGGCACGGCCAAGAGUAGCGUGGCAGCACAGGUGGAGCACAUGAGGACCUGGCUGAAGAAACAGGUCCAGUGACCUCUCCUCACCGCUUACCUUUUAAUUUUUGACCCCAACAUGAACUUUUACAAGCAACAUUAGUCAAAUGGAUCUCUGGGGUGUUCCAAUUUUCUCUUUGUCUCCCGAUUGACAUCACAUCGAUGCAUGUAUGACUAAGUUAAAAUUUGACUAAAGUAGUAGUUAGGAUUUGCCCCCAAGUGGUUAAGAACCAUUGUUUGCCUUCUAGAACAGUGUCUAAUCUAGAAAACAUUGGGUCCAUUCUGUUAGGACUGCCGUGUUGCUCAGGCCAUGUAAAGUGCCUUUUUAAAAUACCGUUAGAUGCCAUGGUUACCACUUUAGAUAGAUUUAGAAAAAUAGGAGUUCAAAACUUUAGUGCAUUUAGAUAUAUUAACCUCGAUAGUAGUGAUUUGUACAACUAUAUAUUUCAGACAGUUCAUACCUUUUUGUCUUGAUGUGUUGAUGAUUAAUUAAAUGUUGCUUAUUUACAAAA